CCAAUACGCAGCAACGUAUAUGCUUUCACACCACACCCUCCAAACAAACUGCACCUCUCUCUCUCUCUGAACCGAUUCUGCUUAUUGUUGUAGAAACAGCUGCUGUUGAGGAUGUCGGACGAGGAGCAUCACUUCGAGUCGAAGGCUGACGCCGGAGCGUCCAAGACAUUCCCACAGCAGGCGGGGACUAUUCGUAAGAACGGAUAUAUCGUCAUCAAAGGCAGGCCUUGCAAGGUUGUGGAGGUUUCUACUUCCAAAACUGGAAAGCACGGCCAUGCCAAGUGCCAUUUUGUUGCAAUUGACAUCUUCACUGGGAAGAAGCUCGAAGAUAUUGUCCCUUCUUCCCACAACUGUGAUGUCCCACAUGUCAAUCGCACUGAUUACCAGCUUAUCGAUAUUUCUGAGGAUGGAUUUGUGAGCCUGCUCACUGACAAUGGCAACACUAAGGAUGAUCUCAGGCUUCCAACUGAUGAGAAUCUGCUUGCUCAGAUCAAGGAUGGAUUUGCGGAGGGGAAGGAUCUUGUCGUGAGCGUUAUGUCGGCUAUGGGAGAGGAACAAAUUUGUGCGCUCAAGGACAUAGGCCCCAAGUAGUUUGCUAUGCUUCCGAGCAAGUAAAGGUGAGUGAUAUAUCUAUAUCUAUAUAUAGAUGAAUCUAACGAGUUAUGGGGAACUCCAACAGGCAUCUUUUGUCAUGUUUGUGUUAUAUAUAUGGGUUUGGGGGGUGUUAUUGAUGGUUUUUGGCCUCAGCUAUUAUGCCAAAAUGUUACUCUUAUUAUGCUUUAAUUUACUUUCUUUGUUUUUAAUGUCAUCACGCUUACAUUAUUAUUAUUAUUAUUAUUGUAUUUGUGAGGAUAAUUGUAUGCCAUGCCAUUUUCACUUUAUUGAGGUUUGAUGGUUGUAUGUU